AUGCACAUCCCAGAAAGCCUCCAGGACCUGGCCGACAGUGAAGCCGUGCAGUUUCUCAAGAGGCCAAAGACGAUCGCGCGGAUCUUUGCAGGGGUCUUCUCCCUCAUCGCCUUCUCUUCCCUGCUGACUGACGGCUACCAGAACAAGACCAACUCUUCGCAGCUGCACUGCGUCCUCAGCAGCAACAACGCGGGCUGCAGCUUCGCUGUGGGAGCUGGCCUCCUGGCCUUCCUCAGCUGCCUGGCCUUCCUCGCCCUGGACGCCCAUGAGGGCCUCAUCACCAGCAGCCGCUUCAAGACGGCCUUCCAGCUCCUGGACUUCAUCCUGGCCGCCCUCUGGGCAGGCAUUUGGUUCGUGGGAUUCUGCUUCCUGGCCAACCAGUGGCAGCAUUCGCUGCCCAGACAGUUCCUCCUGGGGAGCAGCAGUGUCAAGGCCGCCAUCACCUUCGCUUUCUUCUCCAUCCUCGUCUGGAUACUCCAGGCCUACCUGGCCCUCCAGGACCUCCGAAAUGAUGCUCCGGUCCCCUACAAGCGCUCCCUGGACGACGGCAGCGUGGUGGUGACCUCUCUCUCCCCGCUGUCCGCCACCAGCCCUGUCAACACGCCCACCACCGGUCCCCACAGCCUGAGCUACACCAGCUCCGCCCUGUCCCCCCAUCUGACCACUCCGAAGGCCCCCCGCCUCACUAUGAUGCCCGACACCUAG